GCCGGGCUGCGCUGUCAGCCCCGGCUGUUGAGGAGGAGGAGGAGCGGGCGCCAUGGCGGUUCUGCUGGAGACCACCUUGGGCGACAUCGUCAUCGACUUGUACACCGAGGAGCGGCCGCGCGCCUGCUUGAAUUUCCUGAAGUUGUGCAAAAUAAAAUAUUACAAUUAUUGCCUUAUUCACAAUGUGCAGAGGGAUUUUAUCAUACAGACUGGUGAUCCUACUGGGACUGGCCGUGGAGGAGAGUCUGUUUUUGGUCAACUGUAUGGUGCUCAAGCAAGCUUUUUUGAGGCAGAAAAAGUACCAAGAAUUAAGCACAAGAAGAAAGGUACUGUGUCCAUGGUGAACAAUGGCAGCGAUCAGCACGGCUCUCAGUUUCUUAUUACUACAGGAGAAAAUCUGGAUUACCUUGAUGGUGUUCAUACAGUGUUUGGUGAGGUAACAGAAGGCAUGGACAUAAUAAAGAAAAUUAAUGAGACCUUUGUUGACAAAGACUUUGUACCUUAUCAAGAUAUCAGGAUAAAUCAUACAGUCAUUUUAGAUGAUCCAUUUGAUGACCCUCCUGAUUUAUUAAUUCCUGAUCGGUCACCAGAACCUACAAGGGAACAACUGGAUAGUGGUCGAAUAGGAGCUGAUGAAGAAAUUGAUGAUUUCAAAGGAAGAUCAGCUGAAGAAGUAGAAGAAAUAAAGGCAGAAAAAGAGGCCAAAACUCAAGCUAUUCUAUUAGAAAUGGUGGGAGACCUACCUGAUGCAGAUAUUAAACCUCCAGAAAAUGUUCUGUUUGUUUGUAAAUUGAAUCCAGUGACCACAGAUGAGGAUCUGGAGAUAAUAUUUUCAAGAUUUGGGCCAAUAAGAAGUUGUGAAGUUAUCCGGGAUUGGAAGACAGGAGAAUCUCUCUGUUAUGCUUUUAUUGAAUUUGAAAAGGAAGAAGAUUGUGAGAAAGCCUUCUUCAAAAUGGACAAUGUACUUAUAGAUGACAGAAGAAUCCAUGUGGAUUUUAGCCAGUCUGUUGCAAAGGUUAAGUGGAAAGGAAAAGGUGGGAAAUAUACCAAGAGUGAUUUCAAGGAGUAUGAAAAGGAACAGGAUAAGCCAUCUAAUUUGGUUCUGAAAGAUAAAGCAAAGCCCAAACAGGAUGCAAAAUAUGAUCUUAUACUAGAUGAGCAGGCAGAAGACUCAAAAUCAAGUCACUCACACACAAGUAAGAAACACAAGAAGAAAACCCGCCACUGCUCUGAAGAAAAAGAAGAUGAGGACUACAUGCCUAUUAGAAAUACUAACCAGGAUAUCUACAGGGAAAUGGGAUUCGGUCACUAUGAAGAAGAAGAAAGCUGUUGGGAGAAACAAAAGAGUGAAAAGAGAGACCGAACUAAAAACCGAAGUCGUAGCCGAUCCCAAGAAAGGGAUGCCCACUAUAGUAAUAGUCACAAAUCCAAAUAUCAAACAGAUCCCUAUGAAAGAGAAAGGAAUAGAAAAAGAGACCGAAGUAGGAGUCCAAAGAAAUCCAAAGAUAAAGAAAAGUCUAAGUACAGAUGAAGGAUGAAGAAUCAGAAGUAAUUGGCUAACAUAUUUACUCUUGUCUAACUUAGAGUACCAGGAAAGCAGAUGUUCAAAUUUUAUGAUAAAGCAGUUAAAGACUCUGCUUAUUAUUUUUUUUCACACUAGAAUUAUGGCCCUUUUAGAUUAAUAACUGUAUAGGGCACUGAAAGACAAUAAAGAAUUUAGCAUUUUCUUUGUAUACUUUUUUUACACUAAUUUUAUUGUUAUACAUAAAUGAUAGUCUUCAUUUUUAAAAAGUCUUUCAUAUUUUCUGCUCUUCUUUUUUUAAUGAGUAUUUCACAACUACAAAAAAAAAAACAUGUAUAUAUAAGAUAUGGAGAAUAAUAAAUACUUGUGUAUGUAUCAACCAGCAUAAGAAAUAGAAUAUUACCUGCAUUUUAGAAGUCCACUAUGUGCCCUUUUCCUCUCAAUUAUUAUUCUGAAUUUUGUGUUUAUCAUUAUCUUGUUUGUUAUAGUUUUAUAACGUAUGUCAGUAUUUCUAAAGGAAAUACUAAGUUCUGUAUGUUUUUGAAUUUUAUAUAAAUGGAAUCGUAACGUGUGUUUACUUUUGUGACUUGCUGUUUUUGACUUAGUGUUUUUGGGGGAGUCAUUCAUUUUUAUUGCUUUAUAGUAUUCCAUUAUUUGAACAUACCGCAAUUUAUCUGUUCUUCUAUUGGUGGAUAUUUGGCUUUUUGUUUGUUUCUUUUUGCCUUUACUAUUGCAAACGAUGCUGCUAUGAUCCUUGUAUAUCUAGGAGUAAAAUUGCUUGGUUAUGUAGUGUAAGUAUCUUCGUCUUUACAAAAUAAUGCCAAAUUAUAUUCUAAAGUGGCUGUACCAGUUUACUGUCCUGUCAGCACCAUGUGAGGUUCAUUUGUUUCGCAUAAUUUCUGAUACUUGUUAAUUUCAGACCUUUUAAUCCAAUCUAGUGGAUUUUGUAAGGUGUCUUAUUGUGCUUUCCAAUAAGAAGACUACUGUUAUUUUUCUUUGUUUUUCUGUAUGUACUGUGUUUUACUCUGGCUGCUUUUAAAGUUUUUUCUUCAUCACUGAUUUUAAGCAGUUUGAUUAUGAUGUGCUUAGUAUUGUUUUGUUUUUUGUUUUUGUUUUUUUUCCAUGUUUCUUCUGCUUGGAGUUAUUGGAUCCAUGAGUUUAUGGUUUUCAUCAAAUUUGGAAAUUUUUUACUAUUCUUCAAAUAUUUUUUUGGUCCCUCCUUUCUCCUCCGUCCUUUCCUUCUGGAACUCCAGCUGUGUGUAUGGUAGACCACAUGAGUUGGGCCACAGCAUACUUGAAUUAUGCUACAGCUCUGUUUGUUUGUUUGUUUUUUUGUCUGUUUUUUCUUUCAGUGUUUUAUGUUGAAUAGUUUCCAUUGCUGUGUCUUUGAGUUUAUUAAUCUUUUCUUCUGCAGUAUCUAAUCUCUUGUUAAUCUUAUCCAGUGUAUUUUUCACCCAGACAUCGUAUUUUUAAUCUUUAGAAGUUCCAUUUGGAUCUACUUAAUACGCUCAUGCUUUCCUCUACCAUUUUGAACAUAUAGAGUAUAUUUGUAAUAGCUAUGUUAAUGUCUUUGUCCAUUAAUUCUAUCAUCUGUCAUUGCUGUCUGUCAUGAUUUUUCUUCUCAUUAUUGGGUCAUAUUUUCUCUUUUUGUAAAUUUUGAUUGGAUGCCAGUCAUUGUGUAUUUACUUUGUUGGGUGCUGUAUUUUUUUUUCCUUUAAAUAUAUUUGAGCUUUGUUCUGGGACAUAAUUAAAUUACUCGGAAACAGUU